AUGGACCUGAAAGAAGAGUGGAUACUAGCCGAGGCCAUCCUGGAUAAUCCUCUCCUAAAGAACACACUUCGUGGAUUACGAUACUACGGUUUGCUGAUAUACGAUACGCAGUCAUGGAAGAAGCUGCACUGUUUCCGCGGAGCUGUGUUCAGCUUAUCGAUGGUUCUCUUCAAUUUUACCCAGUACGUCGAUCUGUACCAGGUUUGGGGCAAUGUGUCCGAUAUGACGGCCAACGCCGCAACCACGCUGCUGUUUACGACGAUUAUCUUUCGGGUCAUCUUCUUCUAUGUUCAUCGAACACGAUUCAAUAAUAUUAUUCGUGUGGCACACGAUGGUGUGGAACGGAUUAGGAAGAGUGAGUGGGUCGAGGAACGGGAAAUACUGGACCACAAUGUAGCGUACCUGAAACGGUUGACAGCCGUGUUCUGGAGCUGUGCCCUGCUCACGGCCAACACAAUGUGUGUGUAUGCCCUGGUAGAGCAUUGUACUAUUCCAGUGAAAUCUACCCAUCCGGCGACAAUUCUACGCUCCUGGUAUCCCACGUACAAUGGCAAGGCCAAUCAUUUCGUGGAAAUUUAUCUAAUCCAACUGUACAUCAUGUACGUCGGACAGCUGAUCGUGCCCACGUGGCACAUGUUUAUGGUAACCCUGAUGAUCUACGGUCGGGCCGAGUGUAGCGUAUUAAAUCAUCGGCUUCGCAAUCUCAGCCACUACCACGCACCCGUGUUGGCGUCGGAGAACAGGGCACCGGAUCGCGUAAAUAACCCGGAACGGCGCUCGUUGAUAAUCGAUUGCAUCCAGCGCCAGUCGGCACUGGUUGCAUUCACCAAGGAACUGGAGCAGCUGACACGGGCGGCCGUUUUCCUCGAUUUCGUCGUCUUUUCGGUGCUGCUGUGUGCGCUUCUGUUCGAGACCUCAAUGACUACGUCCGGGGUGCAGAUUUUCAUCGACAUUUGCUACAUCACCACAAUGACGGCGAUCCUGUUCCUCUACUACUGGCACGCCAAUGAAAUCAACCACUGCGCAGACCAACUGUCGAUGUCGGCGUACAAGAGUGAUUGGUAUCGGUACGAUCGCAGUACCAACAAACUGCUACAGAUAUUCAUCAUGUACAGUAAUGAACCGUUGAAAAUGCGAGCAUUUUUCAUCUCGAUGUCGCUGGACACGUUUCUCAAUAUUCUACGAGCUUCUUACAGCUACUUUACCAUUCUUAAGCAAAUAACCAGCUAA